AUGGAGGAUCUGGUAGCUGAUGCUGAGCAGCAGCUGGCUUCAGAGCCAAAGUAUAUCUCCAGUCGCUUGGAUGUUCCUGCCGUUAUCGUUACCAGUGAAAUCAGCCCCUGGUCGAAGUCGGGUGGUCUUGCCCUGGUCACAGCCUCGCUAGCGCUAGAGCUGGCUGGAAGGGGUCGGCGCACCAUGGCAAUCAGCCCAAUGUACGACAAUUUUGCAAACUGCAACUACAUUGCGUCGAAAAAGAUUUGGCUUUUUCAUGGAGAGCAUGAGGUGAAGUACUAUCAUCUAUGGCAACCGCUGGAAGUCGAAGGAAGUAAAGGCGUGGAUUAUGUCUUUGUCGACCACCCUUGCUACCAUCGGCCCGGAGGUCUGUAUUACAACGCACAGGAGGGCGUCGAGUAUGCUGACAAUUUGUUUCGCUUCGCGCUCUUCACACUCGCAGCAUUAGAGGCUCCGUGCUGCGUUGCACCCGGCGGUGCAGCUUAUGGUGAGCGAGUAAUGUUCAUUGCAAAUGACUGGCAAAGCGCGCUGCUUCCAGUUUAUCUGACACAUCGGUUUCGACCGGAGCACAGGUUCGACCAAUCUCGCUGUAUUUUCAUUGUGCACAACUUUGGUUACCAGGGGAUCUACCCGUGCAACAAGUUGGAACCAAACCCAAGGGGCACCUUGCCCAUUAUCAUGAAGAACGUGGACAUUUAUGACUUUGGUUUGAAUGACACUGGCGCUUACGAGCACAUGAUCUACCAAUAUCCACCAUGGGAAAGGUCAUACGAUGGUGAUGAUGGCAACGUUUGGAAUUUGACAAAGGGUGCGGUUCUGACUUGUGACAGAUUGUUGACCGUCUCGGAAGGCUAUGCGUCCGAGAUGAAGACGCCUGAAGGUGGGUUUCGACUUGACGAGCUGGUCAAGCAGAAAGAGUUUUUCCUUAGUGGCAUCUUGAAUGGGAUAGAUGUCGUCACGUGGAAUCCGCGGUCAGAUCCGCACUUGGUCAUGCAGUACGACUUGGGAUCUAUAGUAGAUGGCAAGGUCUCCUUCGUCGGCCGGCUGACCGAGCAGAAGGGGGUCGACCUCAUCCUCGAGGCAACCGACUGGAUGAUGCAGGACACGGGAAACAACGUCACCGGCCACAUUCAGGUUCUGAUGAUGGGCAAUGGCGACGAAGUGUACGUCAGAGGCCUGGAGGAAGCGUCACGUCGUUAUCCUGGUCGAUUCUCCGGGAUUAGCUUCGAUCCGGUCGUAGAGCACCUCCUGUACGCCGGCAGUGAUUUCCUCUUGAUGCCAUCAAGGUAUGAGCCAUGUGGAUUGCCUCAGAUGUGCGCCCAGCGGUAUGGGACCAUUCCCAUUGUCACGCUGUGUGGCGGCUUGAAGGACUCCGUAGUUGUUGCUCCUCCAGAAGAAGCUACCGGGUUCGGCAUAUUACCCUUGGCCUUCGACAAAUUCAAAGAAGUUGUGUACAAAGCUUGCGAUGCGUGCCUUUGCCUGCAUCGUUGCCCUGUUACGCUGAUCCGAGACCCAUGUUCAGUGUGA